AUGACGUUAACUACUAAACCAGUUGUUCAUCUCCUAGGUAUGGGUGCCAUGGGCACCAUUUUAGCAAUGGAUAUGAUGAACUACACCAAUUCUAAGGUCAUCCCAUUAUUAAGAUCAGAAGAAAAGGUUUCAUUAUUUAAAAGUGAAUAUAAUAAUACUAUUGGUGUAAAGAAGUUAUACUUAAACGAUGCACCAUUAGUCACUCAACAAUUAUGUAUUGUUGAGUGUCCUACUACAUUUUCAGGAAAUCAUAUUGAUAAUAUCAUCAUUACUACUAAGACGUAUCAAACUAAGGAGGCGUUAAUGCCUUAUUUGCCAUUCAUUGAUUCAAAAUCAAAUUUAAUAUUGAUUCAAAACGGGUUGGGUAUUUUGGAAGUAUUGAAGGAACAAAUAUUUACUGACAAGACGGAUAGACCUAAUAUUUUCCAAGGUGUUAUAUCUCAUGGUGCUUUCAUGGAUCAAGGUUUUACAUUUAAUCAUGCAGGUUGGGCUGGUAUGAAAAUUGCUAGAUUACCAUGGGAAGAUUCAGAGAUGAUUCAAAAUGAAAAAUUGAAGAAUAAAGAUUCCAAGACUAAUGAGUUAGUUAUGUUAUUAACAGAACCAGAACUUGCAAAAGCAUUUGGUAUUGAACAUAUGACAUAUCAAGAAUUGUUAGCAGGUCAAUUAUUUAAGUUUUUAAUAAACUGCUGUAUUAAUCCAGUUACAGCAACAGUUGAUGCCGUAAAUGGUGAACUUGUUGACGGUUGUAAGGAUUUAUUUGUUUUAAUCGUUCAAGAAGCACUAGAAAUUCUAAGGCUAGAAUAUAAAACACUAUUUGAUUAUGAGAAUGAAUAUAACGGCAAACCAAAUUAUCCAACCCUUAAAAUAUCAUCAGUUUUAAACACAGAUAAUAUGAUGGAAACCAUCGUCAAUAUAGGUACUGUGGUUAAUGCCAAGAAUAGUAGUUCCAUGAGACAAGAUACACUAUAUUUAAGAGAUACCGAAAUCGAUUAUAUCAACGGUUAUAUAGUUUCCCUAGCUAGGAAAUUGAAUUUACCAAAGGAGGCAGCAAAAGUUAACGAAACUGUUAUUGCAUUCGUAAACCUUAGAACCGGUAUCAAUAGGAGAAGAGAUAUGGUAGGCGAUAUGAGAAACAUCUAA